AUGCCUGAUGGUAGCAAAAUGGUUGUUCACCUUAAUGAUUUGGGACAACCAAUUGGCUCUGAAGGAAGAAAGCUGGCUUCAUUUCUGGGCACCCUGGCACGGGAUGGCACCUUGGCUCCCCUUAACUAUGUGAAAUGGGCUGCAUUGCCAAAAGCAAACAAGGAAAACAUGUGGCAGUUGGUUCAGGCAAAGUUCGAGAUUGAUCCCAUGGCAAAAUCUUGGGUCAUGAAGUCUCUUUUUUCAAAAUGGAAGAGCUGGAAAUCAAGGUUGAAAACAUAUUAUUUCUCAUGCAAGACUGAUGAGGAACGCAUGAGGAAUCUCGACAAAAGAGUCAUUCCAGACCAGUGGCCAAGCCUCGUAUCCUAUUGGAACAAGGAAGAGGUGAAGUUGCUUUGUGCUAGGAAUAGGGCAAAUCGUGCUCAUGUAAAGCAUUCACACACCUCCGGCUCAAAGAGUUACGCAACCAUACGAGAGGAAGAGCUGCGUGCAAAAAGGGCGGAUGGGAAGACUCCUACUAGGGCAGAGUUGUUUGUGCUGACCCAUACACGAAAGGAUGGAAAUCCUGUAAAUGAGGAUGCUGCAGAAGUAUUUGAAAAAUUGCAAGAAAAAACUAGUCGGAGGCAGCAAAAUUCUGAAGUCAGUGAUAGUUCUCAUGACACUUUCUUCAAAGUUACAGACGAAGGAAAUAAAAAGCAUGUGAGCAUGUAUGGUCUAGGAGGACCUAGCCCUGCUACUCUUUGGGGAAGAAAGUGUGGCCAUAUCCAGUUUGCAAAAAUGGCCAUGGAAACCAAAAGGCAAGCUGAUGAGGAGGCAAACAAGAUUUUUAAUAAAGUUGAGGCAGUUUGCAGUAAAGUCGAGGUAAUGAAGCAAAAGUAUACCUCAAUGGAAGCACAGAUUGAUAGGAUGAACUCAAACAUGGAGCUUAUGCUUCAGAAGAUGGGGGUUCCUGUGCAAUCAAGAUACAAUCACUUCAACCAGGGUGAUCAGGCAGAAGAACCAUCGUCAUCAUCGUCAAGUCAUGGAGUUCGAGCUGAUCAGGUGGUUCACAGCCGGGCAAAUUCUAGAAGGAGCCAGUACUGA